UGAAAACAAAUAGGAGCAUCAGGUAGAGAGCGUCAUCGAUUCUAACGCAAACAACAAUUUUGAAUACUUUUUUUUGUGAUUUAAAUAAUUUAAUUGAUUGAGACAAAGCUAUGGUUCUUUCGUCUGCAUCUCAUAGUCUUCCUCGGGGGAACGUUGGUGUCGAGCCAGUCAGUCCUCAUCUGGAACUGGAAGUUACUGUAAUCGUUAAGAAACUUUGAUUAAGGAAGUUUUUACGGUUCCUUAGAUCGAUCUGCUGUUUUUUGGCUCUUCCACUUCACUCGCCAACCUACUCGAUUUCUCGAGAGAUAAGAGCCGCCUUCAAGUUUCAAAUUCAAGUCAGAGUCAGAUGAUGCGUUAUGGAAAGGACAGGUUACUUUUUUUUAAGGCAAGCACAACCACCCCACGUUAACAUCUUAACUGUCUUGAACGGUUAGAAAGCUGGAAAAUGAAUUGAGCUGUUCUAGUUCUGCUUAUUUUUGGGUUACCAAGGAUUUAUAUGUCGUGGAUAUUUAGUGUUGUGGAUUAGGGCAGAUGGGUUGUGAAGAAGAAAGAGGUUGAAAAAUGGGGGCAAUUGGGGGGGAAGAGUUGAUGAAGUGGGAGAAGAUGCAAGGAGCAGUGAGUGGUGGGGAGGAGAAGAUCCUCGUGUUGGUAAGGCUGAGGCCCUUGAGCGAGAAGGAGAUUUCGAAGAAUGAAGUCUCAGAUUGGGAGUGCAUUAAUGAGUCUACCAUUUUGUUCCGGAACAGCCUUCAAGAGCGUUCUGGGUUUCCUACGGCCCAUACAUUUGACAGAGUAUUUAGUGGUGACUGCUCAACUAGGCAGGUGUAUGAGGAGGGAGCAAAGGAAAUUGCUCUUUCAGUAGUCCGUGGUAUUAAUUCCAGUAUUUUUGCAUAUGGGCAAACAAGCAGUGGAAAGACGUAUACAAUGACUGGCAUAACAGAGCUUGCAGUAGCAGACAUUUAUGACUAUAUAUACAAGCAUGAAGAAAGAGCAUUUGUUUUGAAAUUUUCUGCAAUAGAGAUAUACAAUGAAGCUGUAAGAGAUCUUCUUAGCACAGAUAGCACUCCGUUAAGGAUCCUAGAUGAUCCAGAGAAAGGGACAAUUGUGGAGAAACUCAGAGAGGAAACUCUGAGGGAUUGGAGACAUCUCAAGGAGCUUCUAUCAAUUUGUGAAGCUCAAAGAAAGAUAGGAGAGACUUCUUUGAAUGAGACAAGCUCCAGAUCUCAUCAAAUUCUUAGAUUGACCAUUGAAAGCUCUGCUCGUGAAUUUUUAGGCAAGGACAAGUCAACAGCACUUGCAGCAAGUGUGAAUUUUGUUGACUUGGCUGGAAGUGAGCGUGCAUCUCAGGCAUUAUCUGUUGGGGCAAGACUGAAAGAAGGCUGUCAUAUCAACCGUAGUUUACUCACACUUGGAACUGUUAUUCGCAAGCUAAGCAAGGGAAGGCAUGGACAUGUGAAUUACAGAGAUUCUAAGCUAACCCGCAUACUGCAGCCUAGCUUGGGAGGCAAUGCAAGAACUUCUAUCAUUUGCACUUUGAGUCCUGCACAGAGCCAUGUCGAGCAAUCCAGAAAUACUCUCUUGUUUGCUACUUGUGCAAAAGAGGUUACUACAAAUGCAAAGGUUAAUGUUGUCAUGUCAGAUAAGGCUCUGGUGAAGCAUUUGCAGAGAGAGGUGGCUCGAUUGGAGAAUGAAUUAAGAACUCCAGCCCCUUCUGCUACUUGCAAUUGUGCAGCAUUGCUGAGAAAGAAAGAUCUUCAGAUCGAAAAGUUGGAGAAAGAAGUGAGAGAGCUAACUAAGCAACGGGAUCUUGCUGAAUCUCGGGUCGAGGAUUUGCUACACAUGGUUGGAGAUGAUCAAUCUUCAGAGCAAAAGGGUGUGUCCGAUAAUCAUUCCAAAUGGCAAAAAGAUGAUAAGUGGGAAGAUGACUAUUCAGUCUCAGAGUCAUCGGUGACAGCUGACACACAUUGCCUGAAUAUAGGAGGCAGAGAUAUUGAUGCCACUCAGUAUUCUAGCAGAGACUACAGCAGUAAAACUGAGGAUCUUUACCCACAGCUUUCAGCAAAUGAUGAAGAUUAUUCUUUGCCUUCUGGCAGUUAUGUACGGGUAUCGGAUAGAGGUAAAUCUGUAAAAUCUCGUCCACGCAAGUGUUGGGAGGAGUUUGCACUGGGAAAUGAAGAAUAUCUUGAUGACAUGUGCAAGGAAGUUAGAUGUAUCGAAAUGGUUGAUUCAAGCAAGGAUGAAGGAAUGCAGGCAUUGUCAUCAUCCGCAUAUGGAAAUCUACUGGAACCCACCUCACCGAGGGACAUAAAUCAUAUCCAAAAUAAUUUGACACUUGGGGUAAUGGAGCAGAAAAUUCAGGAUGAACAAAGGAGCCGUGAUUCUGUUGUCAGCCCCUAUGCUGGUGGCUCAUCUGUUUGGGCACGGGAUGCCAGUUUCAGAAAUGAAAAGUUAUCAAGAAGCUGGAGUUGUAGAGCUAACCUUAUGGGUGGCUUGUCUUCGCCAUCUUUUAAGAUGGCGGGCCAUAGUCAGAACACACCACCAAAUGGAUUUGAGAAAAGCUAUCCUGGAAGACCAGAAGGCUUCCAAAGGAUGCCUCCUCAUUUAAAUUAUGUUGCCAACAUUCCAAGGUUGUCUAGAAAUGAUUCUCAGUCUUCACUUGGAAGUGUUUUGUUAGAUGAGCUAAAAUCCCAGAACAAAAUGACUUCUGCAGAGGAGAAUAUUCCUAGUAUUGAUAAUUUUGUUGCAGGACUAAAAGAAAUGGCCAAGCUUGAGUAUGACAAGCAACUUGCUGAUUGUCAGGUUGCAGAACCAAAAGUUGAGAAGUCUCUAAAGAACCUCAACAAUGUUGGACUGGAUCCAAUAAAUGACAUGCUGGAAGCUCCAGCAGAUUGGCCUCUUUUAUUUGAGAGGCAGCAGAAAGUAAUAAUUGAACUUUGGCAAACCUGCAACGUGCCAUUGGUCCACCGGACAUACUUCUUCUUGCUCUUUAAAGGCGACCCAACAGAUUCUAUAUACAUGGAGGUGGAGCUUAGGAGACUUUCCUUCCUCAAGGAAACAUUUUCCCGGAAUAAUAACCGUGCAGUGGAAAAUGCUCAGACUCUAGCAUUAUCAUCAAGCUUGAAGGCUCUUCGCCGUGAGAGAGAGAUGUUAAGCAGGCUGAUCAACAAGAGGUUCUCAGAAGCCGAUAGAGAGAGACUGUACCAGAAGUGGGGAAUCGAUUUGGAGUCGAAGCGAAGGAGGCUGCAGCUCAUCAACCGGUUGUGGAGCGACGCCAGUGACAUGAAGCAUGUUGCGGAAAGUGCUACGAUCGUUGGAAAGCUGAUCAGAUUCUCCGAGAAGGGAGGGGCGCUGAAGGAGAUGUUUGGCCUUAGCUUCACGCCUCCGCGGACGAGCCGGAGAUUCUCAGGCUGGAAACACAGCAAGGGGGGGCCCCUUUUGUGAGGCUGCUGUAGUAGUAGUAGUAGUAGUAUAUGGCAACAUGAUCAAUUGGUGAAGGAUGAAAUGGUUUGUUAGUUAUAUGAACUGCAGCAUCUUUGCUAUUCAUCUUCAUCUCUGAUUGAAAUAGAAAAGCAAUGUGACACUCACUACUCCCUCCCCAUAGGGGAUUUUUGGAUAUGCCCCUAUUUUACAUGUAGUCUGUCUGCCUAACAAAUAUGGCUGUUCAAAGCCUAAGAAAGACGCUUCUGAUUUGCUUCGUAACUAAUAAUACUAUUUGGUGGUCAUUCUGAUGAUGACUACUGCACAUUAUGAAAGGUUGUGCGCGUGAGUGAC